AAAGGUGAGAUUUGUGCACAGGUGUGUCGCGGUAUCAAUGUAUUUCCUGUUGCACGUAAUGUGUAACCACCUCGAUGUGUACUGUAAAUGUACUUUGUCACAAUGGCGGCCCAAGAGGAACUAUUUAAAAUGAAAAUCAUUACAGAGCUGUCCAAUCAAGCUGUCCAUGAGUAUGAGGGUCUUCAGAGGGAGCAUGAGAGAGCCACCAUGGAGUGUCAACGGAUGGAGGCAGAGAGAGACGAGGCAAUCAAAAGGCUUGAAGAGUUUCAAAAAGUGUCCCACAUGGUCAUUGAAGAGGUCAACAGCAUUCAGGAUAACCUGGACAUAGAGAGGACAUGCAGACAGAGUGUGGAAGCCCUGGCCUCCAAGUUGAACCGGCAGAACUGCUCCUUGAAGAGGAAGAGUAUGUUGUACCUGGCCCACCUGGGGCCGGAGACCAUUGCUGAGAUCGGCCUGGAGGAUGAAGAAGAGGAGGAGGAGAGUGUGGACACCCAGGUAGAAAAAGAGUGCUUCUCAGCCCACUGCCGGAGCACCAUCACAGAACUGAAGAAAACAUUUGAGUUGACACUGGAGGAGAAAAAGCAAGCCACCAUUGAUCAUGAGGCUACAAGAGAGGAGCUAAGUGACAUCAGAGAAGAAUUGCUGAAGGAAAAACAUGAUAAUAUGGUUUUGAUUGCUGAGACAGUCCGACAAAAGAAGCUCUUGGCGAAAUAUAACAGAGUGUCGCUGUUUGCCGUGGAGGAGUAUGAGGCCCUGCAGGAAAACCUGGAUCUGGAGAAGGAGCUGAGGGCAGAGGCAGAGAUAUUUGCACGAGAGAUGCUGGUUGAGCAGAAGAAGCUGAACAGACAGAGUCAGAUUCUCCUAAAGAGCUCAUCACCCAGUGAGGCCCUGCAGGCAGCCCUCACUGAUGUCACCAGGCUCACCCAGGCCCUGGAGAGCCAGAGGCUGGUGCACCAACAACAGAUGAAGGGGAUUGAGGAGCAGCUCAGGGGUUCAGAGCUACAUAAGGAGGUGCUGGCGUUACAACGUAAGCUAGAGCUCCUGGCAGAGGAGAAGAAGGAGCACGAAGAGAGAUGUUCCAUGGCUAAGGUGGAGGCCAAGGAUCUCAAGUUUACUGUAGAGGAGCUGCAGAAGAAGCUCCAGGCCCUUUCUAACCCUCCGCCUGCUCAAGCCCCUCCACCUCCGCCCCCGCCACCCCCUCCUCCACCACCAGCCCCACUCACCAACCCUCUCGGUUCACUGCUAUUGAUGAUUCGCAAAAAGAAAAAUAUCAGUAGGGAUAUUCCAUUAGUGGUUCAAGACUCAGCAAAGGAGCCAGAGAUGGACAUCAGGCAACAAGCUGUGGAUGAGAUGAUGCAGAGAAUCAAAAGGGGGGUUCACCUCCGACCCGUGGGCCAGGCCCCCAACAAAACCAAGCCCGUCCAGCGAGAAAGGGUACCCUCUAAUUCUGCCAUUCAGGAACUUAAAGGAAUUCUGGAUACGUUCAAAAGGCCCUCCCCCCACCUUAAAGUUGGAUCUCCAUCAACAAACACUGAGUCUGAGCUGGAGAGAGUUCUACAGAGACGACGGGGCGCAUUCAAGACCUCACAGGAAAGUUGUUCGCCGUCCUCACCCCGUCCCUUCCCCAGCAGUGUUCUGGAUGUCACCAGAGUGAGAGGGGACCAGCCCCAGACCAAGCAGACCUCCCAGGACUCUGUCCCGCUCUAGGCCCACUCAGCUGACCUGAGUUCUGGCCACUAGCACCCCAGGGCCCUGGACAAGAGACCUGCACCUGUCAAUGCUGCAGUCAGUUCUCUGGUGAAGGAAAGAAGACCUCAGAGUACAAAGCAUGUCUGGUGUCCCCACUGCACUACACAGGGUUGGGGAGUAAUGAACGACAUUUGGUCCAACUAGUAAUUGAAUUACAUUUUGCAGUAGGUUGGUGGUAGUUGAACUAAAUUCAAAUCUAAGUAGGGUUUUCAGUAGUUAAUAAUUUUUUGCCAUGUAGCUAAUUCCUGGAACUACACACUACUUUUUUUUUCAAAAUGAAAAGAUAAAAUGGGUGAAGUUUUUUUCAGCAUCAGACCUGCCUAAUUCUCACUUGAAACAGUUGUGUUUAAUAGGCUAAAUUACACAUUCAGAUACAUAUGAUAAUUUUUCACAAAGUAGUUUGGAUGUAGUGAACUACUUUUUCAAAGUAACUUAAGUUAAUUAAGCUAUAUUUUUCUUAAGGCUAGCUUUAGUUUAGCUUAAAUUCUUUCAGUGUGAAGUAAUUGGUAAACUAUCUUUUCAGAGUAGCUACCCCAACACUGCUUCUACACCUGCAUUGCUUGCUGUUUGGGGUUUUAGGCUGGGUUUCUGUACAGCACUUUGAGAUAUCAGCUGAUGUACGAAGGGCUAUAUAAAUCAAUUUUAUUUUAUUUUAUUUUAUUUGAUUAUACCAAAAAUGGAAAUGUCAUAAACCACAUAAAAAUAAUGGACAGGUUUAUUCAAAAUAAUAUUGACCACUGUGUCUUACAUAAUCUUUUUGUAUGUGUGUGUAUUUUUUAUUCUUUGGAAUUUGCAAAUAUGUGUAAAUAUAAUUUGUUUAUUCCAGAGUAUGUGAUACCAAAUUGUGAUACCUUUAUGUGGUCAUUUUGAUCAAUUCAGUUUUGUUUCCAAGGAAAAACACAGAUCAACGCUGCAUUUAGUUAGCGGGAAACCUUUUUGCACUAAGUGACGACUGAAAAUUCAUUCAUUUUAAUAUGGGAAGAAAUGUAAUGGUGUAUCAUUUAAAUAGAUUGUAUGAGCUAUUCAUUUUAAGACUAGUAAUUACAUUAGAUUGAUGUAAACAUAAAUAGAAAAUGUCAUUUAGGAAUAAAAACACUAUGGUAUUCAUUUAAUCCUUA